CCCCUUCUCUCUAACAACAUACGGCUAUUGGGAUACCAAUCACAUAUGCACCACCGUGACAGCUCAUGUAUUACCAUCAGUACAUCGUUGCUGGCACAUCUGUAUUAUUCUGAUCAUCUAAGUAUUGUUCUAAUGAUCUCACAUAAAAACAAACUACAUUGAGAUCGACUUCAGGUGGUGGUGGCCGAGAAGAAAGUCCAGAUUCAAUAAACUUUACUGCUAGUUAUACUAAAUCUCUAUUUUCAUCUGCUUGUGGUAGUAUUGAUAUAUUAGGUCUCUCAUAAAUGUCAUGAUUUCAUUACAAGUAGUUACAAUAUUUUGAUUGAUAAUGGUGUUUUUCACACAUUUCAGCAUUUGUCAAGAGGUGAACAAGAUCUAUGCUCUAAUAAUUUAUCUACUGUCCAUCAAAUCAGUUUCCCUAUUGACGAUGAUUUUUCUUUUCUUUUUUUGAUCGACCCAAGCGCAAAGAUCCUAUUGACAUGAUGACGAAGAUAACGAAGAAGGUGAAGUGUUAGAACUCAAUUUAGCCAAAACGAGAAGAGCGAGAACUAACCAGAAUUGUAAUCAAUCCAACGCAAUUCAUUUUUUCAUUCUUUAUUGGAUUUUCCUAUUGAUGCAAUCGGUAAAUGAACAAAAAUUGAGAUGUUAAGGGAACAAAUAAUUAGGUCAUUAUUGUAUUCGAUUAGGUUUUAACUAUCCCCAAUUUAAGCUUAAUAAUUUUAUAUUAACGGAAAUGGAUUAAUUUCCAACCUCAUCAAUUAGGUGGUUUAUGGAAAAUAAGAAAGUGAGUAUCGUUUACCCUGUUUUAAAAGAGUUAUACAAAACAUUAUUUAUGAGAUGGGGAUGGGAUUAGGAAAAAUGGGGACGGGAAAUAGGUAAAAUCUUUAAUUUAUUUAUUUUUUCACCAAAAUCUUGUCUCAUCUGUAUGUGGAAUCAUGGACUGGAAUCAUUUCAAACCGAAUUCAAAUAGAAUCCAAACCUCUCCUCUCCAAGAAGAAGAACAACAACAUGGCGAUUCUAUCACAAUCAACACCACCAAUGGCUCUGAUUCACAGUUUCCACUGCGUUCCUCAUCACAAAACCCUAGAAUUCAGUAGUCUCACACCAAAUUAUUCUAAAUCAGUUUCUUUAACACGGUUUGAGGGUUUUGAGUUGCAAAGGAGAAAGAAAUUAGGGAAAUUUAAGGAGAGGCAAACGAGAAUUGGGAGGGGGGCGACGAAAUCAGUGUUGAGUGUGGAGAAAAAUGUAAGUAGAAGUGAUAGUGGAAAUGAAAAGAGAGAGACUUAUGAUGCUAUUGUUAUUGGUUCUGGAAUUGGUGGAUUAGUUGCCGGUACACAGUUAGCUGUAAAAGGAGCUAACGUUUUAGUGUUGGAGAAGUAUGUAAUUCCUGGUGGAAGUUCUGGUUAUUAUGAGAAAGAUGGAUACACUUUUGAUGUUGGAUCAUCUGUCAUGUUUGGUUUCAGCGAUAAGGGUAAUUUGAAUUUGAUAACUCGGGCAUUGGCAGCGGUAGGGUGUGAGAUGGAAGUGAUACCAGACCCGGCGACUGUUCAUUUUCAUCUACCUAAUAAUCUGUCUGUUCUAGUACACAAAGAAUACAAUGACUUUAUCACCGAACUUACCAAUAAAUUUCCUCAUGAAAAGGAGGGGAUAAAUAAAUUUUAUGGUGUAUGCUGGAAGAUAUUUAAUGCCUUGAACUCAUUGGAAUUGAAGUCCCUUGAAGAGCCACUUUAUCUUUUUGGACAAUUCUUCCAGAAGCCUCUUGAGUGCUUGACUCUUGCUUAUUAUUUGCCUCAAAAUGCUGGAGCCAUUGCACGAAAGUUCAUACAAGAUCCCCAGUUGUUAUCUUUCAUAGAUGCUGAGUGUUUUAUUGUGAGCACAGUUAAUGCUUUGCAGACUCCGAUGAUCAACGCGAGCAUGGUUUUGUGUGACAGGCAUUUUGGUGGAAUCAAUUACCCUGUUGGUGGUGUAGGCGGCAUUGCAAAAUCCUUAGCCAAGGGUCUUCUUGAUAAGGGAAGUAAUAUAAUGUACAGGGCAAAUGUUACCAGCAUUAUACUUGAGGACAAAAAAGCUGUAGGAGUUAAACUUUCAGAUGGAAGAGAGCUAUUUGCAAAAACUAUCAUAUCAAACGCAACUAGAUGGGAUACCUUUGGAAAGCUUUUGAAAGGAAAUGAGCUUCCAAAGGAAGAGGAAGACUUCCAGAAAGUUUAUGUCAAAGCACCGUCAUUUCUUUCCAUCCACAUGGCGGUUAAAGCAGAAGUGUUGCCGUCAGACACAGAUUGCCAUCAUUUCGUUCUUGAGGAUGACUGGACCAGCUUAGAAAAGUCAUAUGGAAGCAUUUUCUUGAGCAUUCCAACUGUUCUUGAUUCAUCUUUGGCUCCAAAAGGACAUCAUAUCCUUCACAUAUUCACAACAUCUUGUAUUGAGGACUGGAAGGGACUUCCUCAGAGAGACUAUGAUGCAAAGAAGGAACGUGUGGCAGAUGAAAUCAUCAGUAGAUUGGAAAAGAAACUUUUUCCAGGGCUUAAAUCAGCCAUUGUUUUCCAAGAGGUAGGGACACCCAAGACGCACAGGCGCUUCCUUGCUCGAGAUGAUGGUACAUAUGGACCAAUGCCACGUAAAAUUCCUAAAGGCUUAUUAGGGAUGCCAUUCAAUACGACUGCUAUAGAUGGGCUCUACUGUGUUGGGGAUAGCUGCUUUCCAGGACAAGGUGUUAUAGCUGUGGCCUUUUCAGGGAUUAUGUGUGCUCAUCGAGUAGCUGCUGAUAUGGGGCUCGAGAAGAAUUCCCCAAUAUUAGACGCUGGCUUACUCAAACUUCUUGGCUGGUUUAGGUCAAUGGCAUGAAGAAUGCAGGCUUUGUUACAAGUCUCUUGUAAAUGGCCUAGCAACAUAAAUGAGAAGUCAAAUACUUUUACAAAUUACAUAAACCACAUUUUUAUGGCUGCUUCAAGCCAUGGUGCUGGUGUGCCGAGAAUACAUAGUCUUGUAAGCAGAAGUAACUCCUACCAAGCAUCAGAUAAAACACGUAGGUUCUUGUACAGGGUUCUAAACUUUCUAUAAAUAUAAGUAGAAUGUAGUCUUCUAUACAAGUAUUUACUGUAAAUCUUCUGCCUCUGGCUUUUCAAUAAAAUUAUUCCCAGUUAUAAAUAAAA